GAGAAAUAGGUGAAAAGCAAAUAUUUAUGGCUAGAAGUAGUCCGGUCUCCUGAUGCAUCCCUACAGAAAGAUCCUCAGCAUUUCUCACUAAAUGUCCAGUUACAGUUCCUCAGUCAUGCUGCAUCCGACAGUCCUUGGAUGCCUCCUCCUGGCAGGUACAGUGUCUCUAGGCAGCACUGCUGAAAUUCUAGAAAAUGGAUUACCUAUCCUGUGGGCGCAAACGGCCAGCCAAGUAAGUGACCUGCCGAUACAGAAUGGCAUCCUGACUCCCAACCCCUGGAACUUUCUGCACCGCAUGAGUCUCUACCGGCUAGUGAUAGUUGCUACAGACCCUUUUAAGGGAUCUCUGGGGACAAAUACCACAGACAGUCCUCUGUGGGGACUGGCACUGCAGCUUGGAUGGAUGCUAACUUCAGGGCGUCUUGCUGACCCAACCGGUGCUACAACCUGCGGCCUGCAAACAGGAGAUACUAGUUGCAUUUCUACUCAGAGCUGGUGGGGCUGUAUCAACUACUUUGUCUCUGCACUGCCAUUCUUAUCUGGGGCACAGCAGGGCUUCAUGGGACCAGAGGUUCAGGUCCAGAUGCAAGUGCCUGCAGAUGCAGAGGACCUUUGCACCACCUAUGCAAACUGUACAGCUCUUUACCCUGACGCCAUGUCUAAGUGGAAUGCCUUUUUUCAGGGUCUGAAGGCUGCAAUGGAGUCUCCUCUGCCUGACAAUGAGAAGAAAGACUAUCUCCUGGGUCUGUACUGGACAGCUCAAAUGGCUUCAAUUUAUGCCUCUGCAGCAUGUAACGCCAGGCAGAGCCACUACUCUUCUGCAGAGGUGUCAUUUGCUAACAACUGGCUGCACUCAGCAGAGUAUGUAUCAGCAGUACGUUUCCAUUCCAGUUUGGAAAAAUCUGUGCUGUUCUUAUCCCCCCUGCCGAGUCGAGUUUUACAGGAUGCACCUAAUACUGCUGAUCUGAGUCAGGAGGAGACCCACACACUGUAUAUCUUCUCCUGGAUGAACAGCAUCGAUACUCUACUGGGUGGGACGCUGAUACGUGCUUGGAGAAGUGCCAUGUGUUCGGUGGACGCAAGAGAGAAAGGCAGAGAGAUGUUGGAGCAGCUAGUACUGAAUCCCAGCUUCCCCACAAGUACUGUCUUUUCCCUCAUUACUAUGACCUGCUGAGACAACGCAUGCACAAACAGCAAGAGAGAGAGAGAGAGAGAGAGAGAGAUAACAAUUCUAAUGGUAUUCAUGUUCUCAUCUGAAAGUUAAAGUGAAUAAAAGAGAAUUGUGUAAC